AUGGAGUACGAGGUAUCAGACUGUUCGGAUAUCAGCUCCUUGGCCUCGUCUCCGCGCUCUUCGCCGGAGCCAGCGGCCCGGUACCUGACGCCGUCUUCCCAGGAUGAGGAUUCUACGCGCCAAGACUGUCCUCCCGCCAAAAAGAGGAGAGGCAAUCCCUUACCCAAGGAGCGCACCACCCAGCAUCUUAACCUUGCCCGAUCAUCCGAGACUCAAAAGGACCAGGCUAGAUUACUUGUUGAAACCCUCCGUCACCAAAAAGAUAUUGUCGUGAUUGCCGGAGCUGGCAUCUCCACCUCCGCCGGCAUUCCCGAUUUUCGCUCCGCAGAUGGUCUUUUCAAGUCUUUACAGAAGAAGCACAAUCUGAAAGCCUCUGGUAAACUUCUGUUCGAUGCUGCUGUCUACCAAGAUGACGCCUUGACGGCGCCCUUCCACGAAUUGGUCCGGUCGCUUAAUAUUGAGUCCGAAAAGACUACACCAACCAAAUUCCACCAAAUGCUUGCCCGGUUGGGCAAGGAGAAUCGCCUGAAACGCCUGUACACCCAGAACAUCGACGGAAUCGAGACAUCUAUGGCGCCGUUGCAAACGGAAAUCCCACUCAACAUCAAGGGCCGGUGGCCGGUCACGAUCCAGCUUCAUGGCAGCAUCCAGAAAAUGGUGUGCCAGAAAUGCCGUUUCACUUCCGAUCUUGACCCUAACAUGUUCCUCGAAAACGACCCCCCAGAGUGCGGCCAAUGCGCAGAGAACGAUCAAGCCCGCCGAAUUGCUGAACAGCGCAGCCAUGGCGUGGGGCGUUUGCGGCCACGAAUUGUACUAUAUAACGAACACAACCCCGAUGAAGAGGCCAUCACCUCUGUUAUGAAUUCCGACCUCAAGUCUCGCCCUCGUGUGCUUGUUGUUGCGGGUACUAGUCUGAAAAUUCCUGGGGUUCGCCGGCUCGUGAAGAGUCUCUGCGCCACGAUUCGGACCCGCAAGGAUGGUGUAACCAUGUUUAUCAACAACGAACCCCCGGUUGGCAAGGAGUUUGAGAAUUGCUUUGAUCUUAUUGUGCAGGGCUCCACUGACGAGGUUGCGGACCUGGUGGGACUGAAGAACUGGGAAGAUUCAACCCCUUACGAAUCCUUGUUGCCAGAGCCUGUAUUCGGAACCAAGGAGCAGACUCCAGACUCAGAAGCCUCCCUCUCGGAGACGGAUUCCAACAAGGUCAAAGUUAUUAUUAGCACACCAAGGAAGAAGCGGCCCUUCGCCGAGACCGGCCUGCUCACACCUUCAGCCAGUAACGAUGAGAAGGCAGAGCUCCCGGUCAAAAAGGCCGCCAAAAUCAAAAACCCGGCAAGCAAGGGUACCUCGAUCAACGAUAUGCUCGGCAUCAAGCCAAAGAAUGAGCCAGCCAAGGGCCGCAAGAAGGCCACCGCAACUGGAGCCAAGAAGGUUGUUCGCGGCAGAGCGACCCAGACAAAGGCGACACAGGCAAAGACGAAGCAGAUCUCCAAGUCCUUCACUGUUGGCAAGUCUGCUACCGUUGGCAAGUCUGCUAAUGGCGGUAAGCCUGCUACUGUUGGUAAGCCUUCUGCUGUCGUUGUCUCUGUGAACAAGUCAGCCGCACCCAAGGCAAAGGCCUUGACUGCCGUAUUUCCCAACCUUCCCGGCAAAUCUGCCGAUAUCGACGCGUCUGGCAAAGGUAUCGAUACCAUUGAUCCACCAGUCACUCGGGCGUGCCGCGCCUAA